CACAGACAGGGGAGACUAGUUGAGACUGGACUGGAGACCAACUUCCGGAACCUCCUCGAGCGUGGUUGAAGCUCUGCUCCACCCUCUCGCUAUCGGUUCCUAUAAAUAAAGCAAGAGCCCCUCGUCGAUCCUCACCUCCACAGCUAGCAUCGAUCCGCCAUUGCUCACCGCACAAGUGCACGCUCACCUCACACACGCAGCUAAGUAGCUAACGCCGUAGGCGAGAACAAGAAAAGGCUCGACAUGGCCGAGGAGAAGAAGCAGGGCCUGCAGCUGCUGGACUUCUGGGUGAGCCCAUUCGGGCAGCGCUGCCGCAUCGCGCUGGACGAGAAGGGCCUGGCCUACGAGUACCUGGAGCAGGACCUGAGGAACAAGAGCGAGCUGCUCCUCCGCGCCAACCCGGUGCACAAGAAGAUCCCCGUGCUGCUGCACGACGGCCGCCCCGUCUGCGAGUCCCUCGUCAUCGUGCAGUACCUCGACGAGGCGUUCCCGGAGGCGGCGCCGGCGCUGCUCCCCGCCGACCCCUACGCGCGCGCGCAGGCCCGCUUCUGGGCGGACUACGUCGACAAGAAGCUGUACGACUGCGGCACCCGGCUGUGGAAGCUCAAGGGGGACGGCCAGGCGCAGGCGCGCGCCGAGAUGGUCGAGAUCCUCCGCACGCUGGAGGGCGCGCUCGGCGACGGGCCCUUCUUCGGUGGCGACGCCCUCGGCUUCGUCGACGUCGCGCUCGUGCCCUUCACGUCCUGGUUCCUCGCCUACGACCGCUUCGGCGGCGUCAGCGUGGAGAAGGAGUGCCCGAGGCUGGCCGCCUGGGCCAAGCGCUGCGCCGAGCGCCCCAGCGUCGCCAAGAACCUCUACCCGCCCGAGAAGGUCUACGACUUCGUCUGCGGGAUGAAGAAGAGGCUGGGCAUCGAGUAGAGCAUCCAUCGGUCGGCCGGUGGCUGGCCGGGAGUAAUAAUGACGAACCAAUAAUCUAGUUUUGGUUUUAGUGUGCUCAGCAGAGCAGUUCGUGUUCAUGAGUUCGUCGUCGUUGUAUUUUCUAUUGUCAG